UAAAUACAACAAUUUAGCUUUAUAAACUUCGCCACACAUUUCUGAAGAGGCGAUGGCCGCGCGGACUAGUGUCCUUUUGGCUAUGCUCCUAUGGAUCCUUUUCGCCGCGGUCCAGUCGGCGGAAUGGGAGGACAUUCACUACGACCCGAACCAUCCUGGUAAGUGCACCAUCAACCCGGGACUCGUCCUCAAUCCGGGGGUUAGCAUCAAGGAUCCCACGCACGAGUGCCGCAAAAUCUUGUGUGGCCUCAAUGGACGUGUCGUUUACCACAGCUGCGGAGUUAGCAUCCUGUCGCCUCCUUGCCGCUACGGUGACUACAUCAAUCCGGAUCUUCCCUAUCCUGACUGCUGCAGCAGGACCCUACUUUGCAACUAGGCAGGCCGAUCGUUCGUUGUCAAUUGGAUGUACAAUAGUUUAUAUUUAUAUCGAAAUCUGUGCAAAAUGUCGUUUGUUCCAGAGACUUUUAUUAUUUAUGGCUUUUUAUGGAGCUUGGUGGUUUUCCCAGCUUUCGCUAAUUUUUCCCUCUACAACUACGGGGAUUCAGCCUAUCCCAAUUGCUGUGUUCUCGAUAUUGACUCAACGCGGAUACUGCUUAAAAUGGGUCAGAAAUUUCGCCCAAAAUUCCUGCCCUGCACGACAAUUUUAUGCAUUGGCGAUGGAUAUGGAAUGCUGUUUACGUGUGAUAAAAAGGAACCACCAGAGCACUGUCACUUUAAGGAUUAUUUGAAUGGGGAUGCCAAUUAUCCAGAUUGUUGCUACCGCAAACUUGAGUGCGACUGAAAUUUCUAGUUACAUAAUGUGUUUAAAUUUAGGUGAAAGUGAAUUUUUCAAAACUAACCAACCAGCUAAAAUAAAGUUUUGAAUAAAUCAAUUUUACACAC